AUGGCCUGCACACGUAGCACUUACUACGGUAGCAUCUGUACGUACGAGUGCGAGGAUGGGUAUUUCCCGGCAAAUAACAGCACGUACAUCCCAUCGGUUCAGAGGUCAUGUCUUGCCUCACGCGUAUGGACCAACACUACUGAUACUGAGUUCUCCUGUGUAGAUGUGGAAGCACCUACCUUUCCCAACUGCCCCUCCCCGAUUUCUGCCCAAGCGGAAAAGGGAACCGUUUCGGCCUUUGUGUCCUGGGCUGCACCAGGAGCUGAAGACAACUCGGGUGAAGACGUCCACGUUUCACAGACUGUGGGUCAACCUCCAGGGUCACGAUUUGAGGAGGGUUUUCACACCAUAGUUUACACAGCGACGGAUUCAGUCAUGAACUCCGCAAACUGUUCAUUUACAGUCACCGUAACAACUCCGAAGUGCUCCCGAUUGCAAACUCUUCAGUAUGCAAGCAUCCUUUGUGACAACCAAUACAACUAUGGUUCUACGUGCACCUACACCUGUGAUGAGGGAUACUUCCUCAACGGAGAUCCGACCACAACAUGUGAGCUAGACCUGAGUACAGAUGCCACUUACUGGACCCAUUCUGCAAGCCAACACAACUGCCAGCCUGUUCAGUGUCCACAACUUCCGUCCAUACAAAACGGUGGAUGGUUGGUCAACACAACGUGCAGCAAUACCUUCGGCAGCUACUGCUACUUCCAAUGUGAUCCUGGCUAUAAGCUACAGGGUGAUAGCACCGUCUCCUGCAAGGCGUCCACUCCUGGCCAGAGCACGGGAGUCUGGGAUGGCAACAUCCCCACUUGCAUCGAGUCGACUUGUUCGCCGCUUGGACCCAUCGCAAAUGGGAGAAUAGUCUUUGAUCAAGACUGUCCUUUCGGUAACGUCUUUUCUGCUGGAAGUGUCUGUGGUGUCUCCUGUAGUCCUGGUCAUGUUCUGAUCGGCUCAAGUUUCCUGACGUGUCUCUUGGACGGAACUUGGAAUGCCAGUCUUCCAUCUUGUGAAGUUAUUACCUGCGAUAGUGCUGGCCUACCUACACCGACCAAUGGCUAUAAACUGGGCUGUUCUAAUAGUGAGGAACCCCAUGGUACUACUUGCAUCCUCGGAUGUAACACUGGCUACGAGCCUGCCAUCCCAGUACAACGGACGUGCAUAGCAGAUGGUAAUGGCGUGGGACAGUGGUCGAAUGGGACCAUCAAUUGCAAAGAGAUCAAGUGUAGGCACCUUCCCAAGCCAAACAAUGGAAACAUCACAGCCUGCUAUCAUGACGGCGUCAGGACUGAACCAGAGCAGAGUCAGAGUGUCGGAGCAGUGUGCAGUACCAUGUGCAACGAGGGAUACACGGCUGCGGGAUCGGCAGAGAGAACAUGUCUACCCGGGGGAGGAUGGAAUGGCACGGAGCUGCGUUGUCGGGACUUAGCGCCACCAGUGUUGCAGUGCCCAGAUGAGAUCAUACUGGUCGCUAACGAAGGUCAGGACACAGCUACGGUGGACUGGCAUUGGGAACCAGUUCUGGCAAAUGAUGCCGGAAAAGACAUAGUUUCUGCUUUGUCUGGAUCAACAACCAGAGAAACCGAAUUACCCGAAGGACGACAUUUUUUCACGUACGAGGCAACCGACGCAGCUGGCAACAGAGCGUCCUGCACUAUGGCAAUUGACGUCAGAGUGAUUCGGUGUCCAGGAUUGCCGUCAGUCGUCAACGGUGUCACCACGCUUGUGGCAGGAAAAGGAACGUGUUCUGGAGGUUCCGUACGGGGCAGUCAGUGUGAGGUGACGUGUGAUGCAGGCUACAGCAUGGCUGAUGGGUCUACGGUAACGACUAGGACGUGCCAUAGAACUGGAAAUGACACCUUACAGGCCAGUUGGACAGGCCCUGUACCCGUCUGCACAGCAAUCAAGUGCUCCGGUCUUCCCACUGUGGAAAAUGGCAUGGUCAUCCCAGCGACAUGUUUGUCUCCUUCUGUAUCAAACGGGGAGAUCUGUAUUUUCAACUGUGACCCAGGGUACUCCAUAAUGGGGCCCUUCAGCAAGCAAUGCCUUACCGAUGGCAGGUGGAGCGAUACCAGGAAAACAUCGUGCAAAGAUCAUGAGCCACCUAGAUUCACCGGCCAAUGCCCAACCUACGUUAACGCCAUCGGAGACGCAGGAAAGACAUCUGCCACCGUUCUAUUCACUGAACCAGCAGCAACUGACAACUCCAACUACGUCAAUGUAUCCAGGGCAGCGAAUCAAAGGGGACCGGGUGACGAUUUUCCAGAAGGAACGACUGUAGUCACCUAUGUUGCUAAGGACGCUGCGAAUAAUAGAGCUCAAUGUGACGUUUUUGUGGUCGUGAGAGUGCACAGAUGCCCGAUGGUACAAGCGCCUGCAAGUGGUGCAGUAAACUGCUCUGGAGACUUUUACGGAAGCAAGUGCCAAUACAGGUGCAACGAGGGGUACAUGCUGGAUGGCUCGCCUUUCCGCCAUUGUGUACUGUCCGCUGACGGUUCCAGCUCAUAUUGGAACGGCUCACAACCGGUAUGCAGAGCUGUUGAGUGCCCAGCGUUAGUAACACCAGCGAAUGCUGUUAAGUCUGGCUGUUUUAACGAACCACCCACAACAGAGAGAUUCGGAACUGUCUGUUCUUUCUAUUGUAACUAUGGUUACAGUGGAUCGGGGGUCAACAGCGCUAGAUGUCUCUCGGAUGGGACAUGGACCUCCUUCAACUUUGUUUGUGAAAACAUAGAGAAACCUCGCUUUUCACAGUGUCCGCAAGACCAAAUGUUCUACGCCGACCGAGGCUCUCAGUCCACCUUCGUCAAUUGGACUGUAUCGGCCAUUGAUAACUCAGGAGAAAUUCCAACCGUCACCUGCAGUCAAUCACCGGCAGUACUUCCAGCUGGAGAUUACCAGGUCUCGUGUACUGCUACCGACGCUACAGGGAACACAGAAACCUGCCUGUUUGACGUCAGAGUCAAAGUAAGACGAUGUCAGCAGCUGCUUCCCCCUCUGUACGGAUCGUUUGUCGGCACGUGCGACACCGCCUACGGCAGUACCUGCCAGGUGACCUGCACGGCUGGCUACCAACUUGAAGGGUCAGAUACCGCAACAUGUGAGAUGCAGGGAAACAACGCCGUUUGGGACAGGGCUACUAAUCCUGUUUGCCAAGAUAUCACAGCACCAACACUGUUGACUUGCCCUGGACCCCAAUACGGCACCAUCACCGACAGUUCGUUCCUUGGAGUCUCCGUGUCCUUUGACAUCCCACGAGCCACGGACAACUCGGGGGAGACCUUAAGCAUCACCAAGCUACCUGUAGACAUUACGUCACCUUACAACUUUACGGCAGACACGGUCGUGACGUACGAGUUCCGCGACUCCGGUGGCAAUUCGGUCACGUGUACCUUUAUGGUCUACAUUAAAGGAGAACUUCCUCCAAACGUCGUCUUCUGUCCGGACGACCUCACCAUCACAGCCACUGAUCGCCUUGCUGAAGUGUCCUGGCCAGAGCCCGUGUUCGACGAUCCAACGGGCGGCGACUUGGAUGUCUCCGCCAACAUAGCAAAUAACGGCUCCCUCCCCUGGGGAGACCACUCCGUCACUUAUACUGCCACCAACGUCGACAACGGCAAAAGUGUCACCUGUACUUUUCUUGUCAUCGUGCGACCUGUUGCAUGUCCCCCGCUGAAUCCUCCACUUCACGGUGCCCUGGCCUGCGAUACAUGGGUGUACGGCAAAUUCUGCUCCAUGUUCUGCAGCGCUCAAUAUGAUAUUCCCAGGGGGUCAAACCCAGGUGACAAGUACAUAUGCGGGGCUAGCGGAAUUUGGUCACCCCCUCCCCCUGUGCCUGAUUGUGUCAGUAGCUUCAGGCCAAAUCGUUUCGUCUUGCCUUCCGAGCUACAUUACUUCUCGGGAGACUGCUCGGAUCCGAGCGUCCAAGCCGAUAUCGCCCAGCGGUUCGUCACCAUUUUGAACGGCUCUGACUUUGGCAGCGCUUGUUCAGAUUCUGUAGGUUGUUCAUGGGAAAACGUAGAAGUUGUCUGCGGGGCCAAUUCGAGACGACGCUCUCUUGGGAGACAAAGCAAGCUGGUAACAGGACAGAUGACCGACAUUAGCAGUCGUUCAUCGGGACAGUACCUACUCACGAUGAAGUUUUCCUUGGUAGUGAACAUGACUGAUGACGACCCCAACCUGUCGUCAGUAGAUAGGUAUUAUGCAGCUGACGAUCAGCUUCUCAUGAUGACAGAUGUCAUUCAGGCGGAAAUCUAUUCCGGAGACUUUGAUGUAAGUGUCCCAGGACUCUCUCUUCAAGUCGAUCAGAACUCUCUGACGUACGGUUGGUCUGAGCUAGACUGUCCCAAAGGGUAUGCAGAACAGCCCGACAGCAUGAACUGUGUUGGAUGUCCCACUGGCACGUUCUAUGACGAAGACGCGGACGACUGUCUCAAGUGUUCUGUCGGCUACUACCAAGACGAAGAGGGCCAGUUCCAAUGCAAGACCUGCCCUCUGGGAACUUCAACCAUCGAUGAAGGCGCAAGGAACCUCACGGAAUGUCUAGGUACUUGUGCUAUCGUUUCAAGUAAAUGUAUGAGUACAAAGCUGAGGUGUACGUUAAUGUCCAACAGCUAG